AAGAAUGGAAUACACGCGCUGCUACGUAAAACCGGCCACUUUCUUGAAGACUCCCUCUUUCUCUCAGAUUCGUUACCGCCAACUUCAUGCCAUUUAAAUCGAUUUCAACUCCUGGCUCACACAAAAUCUAUUACUGAAACUAUUUUUGGCUUAUCUCACACAAAAUCGAUUGCUGAAACUAUGAAUUAAACUGAACGCCGCUGAAAGCUAAACAAAGCUUUUACUUCUGCUUCUGCUUUUAAGUCUUCUUAUUAACGCAAGAUGACUCGUCCCAAAACCAAAUCGAAGAAACACGGCAGCAUCGACUUUAAGAAAAUUAAGCAUAAGAUUGGGAGGAAACUACCGCCACCUAAGAAUACAACAAAUACGGAAGUUAAAUCUAAAGCAAUUGUUCUGCCGGAGCAGAGCGUAGCAGCAGAGAAGGCAGGUUUAGCCGUAAACAAGAAAGGUUUGACUUUAAAAGAGCUUCUUCAACAAACAUCUCAUCACAAUGUAAAAGUUCGAAGAGAUGCAUUGAUUGGCAUUAAGGAUUUCUUCAGCAAAAAUCCAGAAGAACUGAAAAAGUCACAGAAGUAUGCUGCUAUAGAAAAACUUCGCGAGCGCGUUGGUGAUGAUGAUAAAUUGGUUCGGAAAUUAUUAUAUGAUCUUUUUGAAGUGGUGAUUUUGCCUAGCUGUAAAGAGGAUAAUCAAGAGCUGAUCACUUCUUUAAUGAUGGCUUACAUAUUUAAUGCAAUGACGCAUUUGGCAGUUGGCAUCCGGAUCAUGGCAUUUGAUUUUUUAGACCUUGUUCUUGAGUUUUAUCCUUCUUCAUUUUCUUCUUAUGCUGAAAAGAUUUUUCAGAAUUAUGUGGAAAUUCUUAGGGAGAACCAGUACUAUUUACAGGACAAAGAAAAACUAAAGGAUACCAUUGUUGGAUUGGUUCAUUGUUUGUCACUCUUGCCUUGGAAUAAACUAGAAGCUGAUUUGCAAAAUAAGGAUGAUAUUGGACAAAGGUUAUUGCAUGCUUUUGAAGAUGAUACCUCUAUGAGCUCCAAUGGUUUUUCACAUAUCAUAAUGAAAUUGAAGGAUCUAGUGCCAAUAUUAAUAAGUAGUUUCCAGGAGUUUAUUCCAUCGAUAAAUGCUACGGCAAAUCUUGAAGGGAAGUCUUUUGGUUGUAUGGCAUCCAUUCUUAAUAGCAUAGAUCUUAUAGUCAGAUCCUUUGUUUAUGGGACUGAUAAGAAGUUGGAAUGCUCAAGCUCUCAAGGUGGAGCCAGUGUAGCUGAAUGGGAUGCUUCUUUCUCUUCUGCAUUCUUGAAGAAAUUAUUUCCUCUUUUUCCCAUUGAUCCAGGGCAUGGUCUUUCAGAAAAGGAUUAUGAUAGGUUACUUGACUUGAACAUUGUCAUAGCAAAAAUAUUUUUCGAAUUAAAUGAAUGGAUCUGUCUUCCUCAAUUUGUUUUGGAGAAAUUUCUAGAAUUUCUUGAAAGUGUACUGCUUGGGAAGUUCCGCACGGCUGCACAGUCCGGUAAAGCUGUCUGGGAAAAGCAUCUAGUUCAGCUCCUUCCUUUUAUUCCGAAAUUUCUUUCACGUGGAGCAAGCUAUUGGAUGUCUCGUCUUCUUUGGGCAUUUACCCACACAUUCAGGGAAAGCAAGCCAGGUUCCUUAUUGAAAUCGGCCUGUCUUUCUGCAAUGGAAGAUAUGCUAACUCCUAUCCAAAGCAUGCUUUCCAUGGGGACAGAUAAUCCAGGAAAUGUAGAACUUCAAGAAGUUUUAUGUGCAUGGAUCGGAGAGCUCCCUCAGCUGCUUAUCCAGCUUGGAGAUAAACACCCAGCCUGCUCCUUGGUUUUAGUAAAGCUUCAACUUUGUAUUGGACAACGUGCUUUGUGUAAUUCAGCACUUGUUUGCAUGUAUGACAGCGUGCAAUACUCGUUGCAAGAUUUUUAUUCUACGUGUCAAGGAGAACAAAUAUGCUAUGGUCCUUUUCUCAGACUUCCUAGAGAGUCUCAAGAGUUCUCUUUAUGUUGCCUUUACUAUUUCUCUCAUUUGGAUUUACCUUUAUUAAAGUCAAUAGCUGGUUGUUGCCUAAGUCCUGAUCUAGAUCCCGAUGUGUUAUUUCGGAUCAUAGAGAUUCUCCAUUCAGCCUAUAAAGAUGGACAUAUAAAAAUUGCAGAUUACUUGAGUGUUUUCAUCACCUUGGUCUUGCGUUUCAAUGUUUCUCCUGAGGUUGGCUCUGCUGGUUUGAAGGGUGACGCACUCUGCAAAAUUUUGAAGUCAAUGACAACUGUUAUUUGCUCAUAUAUGGAACAGAUGGGUGACAAUUCUCUUGUUUUACAAAUUAUAGAGAAAAUGAUAAUUGAUCAGAUCAUGUCAAAGCCUUCUUUGGAUAAUAGUUGUUCUCUCCUAAGAGUGCUUGUUACUGUGGAUUCCAAGCCCACAAGACUUUCUGAACAAAGCAUUAUCACUCUAGGCCCUUGUCUUUCUGAAUAUCUAAUGGAUGCUGUACAGUGCAUUCCAGAAGGUGGUGAGAAGCAACACAUUGCUUCCAAUCAAUUAAGUGCCAUUUAUUAUCUUCUACCUUGUUUUUUCUUGUUUGACCGGUGCCAUAAACUUAUGGGUUAUGUAUUGAAGACAAUGGGAUCAGCUAUAACUGAAAGUAGUUUGUCGCUGAAAACUGAUAAUGGCACUCAACAUAUGGGGAACUGCUUGACUAGGGUAAACGCUGUUGCUUCUGUACUUGUGUUGAUGCACAAGGAUGCAAAAUUGCAACAUAUUAUGUCUGAAUUCAAGGAAGAUAUUGAUAACAUCGUUCAAAAAGUUCUUUCAUUACAGUCUUCAAAGCAGAUUAGUUUGACAAUUGAAGAAAAGCAUAAUUUAAAAUGUGCAUUAGAGAGACUGAAUGUGUUACCAAGAUAACACUGGCCAAGAAGGGUGAUUUUCAGUGAGAAACGGGAACAUACAUUUUGGGCACAAAAGUGACUCCUAUUGUCAAAUUCACAGGCAGACUUGGAUCAAGCUUCGCGGCAGACUAAUGGUAUCAGGUUCUGAACAGUUUUAUAUUGGGGGAACUUGGGCUUCUUUCCCAAGUUGAUUCUGCAAGCAAUUUUGAGGUCUGCUAGCAGGCGGUUUUUUUACCACUGAGAAACAUAAAUUUUGCUCCAAUUGUCGAUAACAAUGUAUAGUUCCACCAGUUAGACUCUGGUGACGAGCAUCUGCGACCAAGGCAUAGAAAGUACUGUAAUUCAGGACUCUUGUGGUCUUCCACGCAACAAAUCGAAGCGAUUAAUGCCAUUCUUGCCUUGUGUUAUAUUUAUUGCCGGUAGUUAAAUGAUAGGGAUAGUUUAUUUUGCUUGGCUCGUGAUAGAUUUCCUUGGAAGGCAUGAUUAUUGCUUCAAGGUUUGAUUAAUGAUUUCUUACACUAAUUGUGUCAAUGUGCACUUUUAACUCAACUUGUGACCAAUUUGGAACGUUUAUCGUUUCCCUUUGAAACUCUGUUGGCAAGGUUCAUUUUUUUAUAUCAAUGAGAUGGAAAGGUUUCUUUGAUUCAA